CAAGGCUGGGACCAGAAACCAGGACUGGUGACUGCAGCCUGGUAUUCAUUCUUUCCACAGCCCAGAGAGCUGUCAAAGACCCCAGGGCCUGGUCAGAGGCACCUCCUUCCUGGAGAGUUCCUGGCACAGGAGUUGAGGCUCAGCACAGCCCCCUAACCCCCAACUCUCUCUGCAAGGCCUCAGGGGUCAGAACACUGGUGGAGCAGAUGCUUUGGCCUCUGGAUUUUAGGGCCAUGGUAGAGGGGGUGUUGCCCUAAAUUCCAGCCCUGGUCUCAGUCCAACGCCCUCCAAGAAGAAAUUAGAGGGGCCGUGGCCAGGCUGUGCUGGCCGUUGCUUCUGAGCAGAUUACAAGGAGGGACCAAGACAAGGACGCCUUUGUGGAGGCCCUGGCUUAGGGAGUCAAGUGACGGCUCAGCACUCACGUGGGCAGUGCCAGCCUCUAAAAGUGGGCAGAGGCAUUGGCCACAGAGUCCCAGGGAGUCCCACCAGCCUAGUGGCCAGACCUUCUGUGGGAUCACCGGAUCCACCUGGAACCCCACCUGCUGGCCCUCACAGAAAAGCAACAGCUGAUGUUUGAGAAGCUGACUCUGUAUUGCGACAGCUACAUCCAGCUCAUUCCCAUUUCCUUCGUGCUGGGCUUCUACGUGACGCUGGUCGUGACCCGCUGGUGGAACCAGUACGAGAACCUGCCGUGGCCCGACCGCCUCAUGAGCUUGGUGUCGGGCUUCGUCGAAGGCAAGGACGAGCAAGGCCGGCUGCUGCGGCGCACGCUCAUCCGCUACGCCAACCUGGGCAACGUGCUCAUCUUGCGCAGCGUCAGCACCGCGGUCUACAAGCGCUUCCCCAGCGCCCAGCACCUGGUGCAAGCAGGCUUUAUGACCCCGGCAGAACACAAGCAGUUGGAGAAGCUGAGCUUACCACACAACAUGUUCUGGGUGCCCUGGGUGUGGUUUGCCAACCUGUCAAUGAAGGCGUGGCUUGGAGGUCGAAUCCGGGACCCUAUCCUGCUCCAGAGCCUGCUGAACGAGAUGAACACCUUGCGCACUCAGUGUGGACACCUGUAUGCCUACGACUGGAUUAGUAUCCCACUGGUGUAUACACAGGUGGUGACUGUGGCGGUGUACAGCUUCUUCCUGACUUGCCUAGUUGGGCGGCAGUUUCUGAACCCGGCCAAGGCCUACCCUGGCCAUGAGCUGGACCUCGUUGUGCCUGUCUUCACAUUCCUGCAGUUCUUCUUCUAUGUUGGCUGGUUGAAGGUGUCCCUGCUGGCGGUGGAUGAGAUGCACCAGGACCUGCCUCGGAUGGAGCCGGACAUGUACUGGAAUGAGCUUGAGCCACACCCCCCCUACACAGCUGCCUCCGCCCAGUUCCGUCGAGCCUCCUUUAUGGGCUCCACCUUCAACAUCAGCCUGAACAAAGAGGAGAUGGAGUUUCAGCCCAAUCAGGAGGAUGAAGAGGACGCUCACACUGGCAUCAUUGGCCGCUUCCUAGGGCUGCAGUCCCAUGAUCACCAUCCUCCCAGGGCAAACUCAAGGACCAAACUACUGUGGCCCAAGAGGGAAUCCCUUCUCCACGAGGGCCUGCCCAAAAACCACAAGGCAGUCAAACAGAACGUUAGGGGCCAGGAAGACAACAAGGCCUGGAAGCUUAAGGCUGUGGACGCCUUCAAGUCUGCCCCACUGUAUCAGAGGCCAGGCUACUACAGUGCCCCACAGACGCCCCUCAGCCCCACUCCCAUGUUCUUCCCCCCAGAACCAUCAGCGCCGUCAAAGCUUCACAGUGUCACAGGCAUAGACACCAAAGACAAAAGCCUAAAGACUGUGAGUUCUGGGGCCAAGAACAGUUCUGAAUUGCUCUCAGGGAGUGAUGGGGCCUUGAUGGAGCACCCAGAAGUAUCUCACGUGAGGAGGAAAACUGUGGAGUUUAACCUGACGGAUACGCCAGAGAUCCCCGAAAAUCAUCUCAAAGAACUUUUGGAACUAUCAACAACCAACAUACACGCUACACUAAAAGAUCACGUGGAUCCUUAUUGGGCCUUAGAAAACAGGGACGAAGCACAUUCCUAACCUGCUUCCCAAUGGGGAUGCUUCGCCAGCCAGGUCCUCUCCGGUGUGUACACCAGCAGGACACUGAUCCAGUCAGAGCCAUACAGCUGUCCACACUGAAGAACAUGUCCUAUAACAGCCUGAAUCAAAUGGUUAGCUUAAUAGAUAAAAAUCAGUAGUCCAGGACUACUUCAGCCUCUAAUGCCUUUCAUUCAUAAAAAUUGUGAAAGCUAGACUGAACCAUCGGAAACAUGUAGCUCAGACACUGGAUUCAGAGUCAGGAACCCUUCCUUAGUCCUGUCUGAAAUCCAAGACAGGCAUACCUUAGUAUACUGCCCAAACUAAGGCGUUUAAUAAAUACAACUACUCUGUUUC